GUGCACCAACACAGACUGCCAGCUCACGCACGGCCCGAACUUUAUGUGGGUCGGGGGCGACAAAGUGAACACAGCCACGUUGGCCGACCUCGAGCAGUCUGGCGUAGUCUUCGUGAGCAACCAGAGGGCUUUCACCAUGCGCCACCUGCGGUACCACAAGAAGCUCACGUUCCGCGCCUUCACCACGGCUCACGGAAUUGACUGGGUCACCAAGGAGGUAUUUGCGGACCAGGGGAUGGAGCCCAUCAAAGAGCACCGCGGAGUCAUCAUCGGCGCGGAGAUCACCGACGACACCUUCUCCAAGUUGGACAGAUACUACCACAGGAAUGCGUUCCCCGCUCCGCGCCCGAUGAAGGUCACCGUGCUCGUCGGGGACGGGCACGAGAAGGAGACCAGCAGCGAUGAAGGUGUCAACGAAAAGAGGGUUCGCAAGACUGUCGUCAAGAAUAAUGUCCUCCGCGUGAAGCCCGCCGAGAGGAAGAAGUCCGUGGUUCUCAAGAGGCCGUCCGCCGCGCCAGUGCGCAAGAGGCCGUCUGCCGCCGCGUCAGACAAGGGGCCGUCCGCCGCAGCCAUUCGGAAGAAGGCCCAAUACAAGAGCAGCAGCAAACCAGCCCGCCACAUGCACCACAAGCGCGGCUGGUUCAUGAUACUCACUCCAGAGGGGCGCAUCGCUGCCGCAAUCGAGCAGAAGAACCCAGAGGGGAAUGGCGUGGCAGCAGAAGCUCUGAGCCGCGCAGUUAAGAAGCACCCGAACGUGAACACACUCGUGUACGACAGGUGCUGCUCCUUUUACGUGAAAGCUCAGAAGCUAGCUGCCUUCAAGGACAUCAAGGACUGGUCUGUCGACUGGAUGCACGCGAAGGGGCACACCAGCCGUUGCCCCUGCAACCCUUACCACAUCAAGCGGUUUAGCCGCCGCUUGAAAGGUGUCAACACGCAGGUGACUGAGCAAUCCUUUUCGUGGUGUAGGGGCUAUGCGCGCCCGCUCAAUGAGAUGGCCCCGCUGCGCCACAAGCUCUGCGUGCUCUACUCCGCCAAGCUGCACAACAGCUACGUGGAGAAGCAGAGCAUCGGGUACCGUCCACCGAUCGAGAGCCUCAUGCCCACGCAGGGAAAGCGCGGGCAUUACGGCUGCGCCUAG